AUGUCGUGGAUCUAUUCUACAUUGUGCGCUGAUCCUGCCGCCCGCCAGCUGGGCUUUCAAUGGCUCAGCGACAGGUUGUACCACACAUCACACUCGGUAAUUCCUCAGCAUCCGUUGGGGGGCCAAGGGGGGGACGCUAUGCAGCUGACAGUGCACACGAAUGCCGACGAGAAUCCCGUUACGAUUGUUGCCAUGGAGUUUCACUUUCAAUUCCACACUGUGUUUGCGUCGUUUGCGAACGUAGUGUCGGCCAUCUUGGCCUUCAGUAACCAAGGCGGUUUUGUGGUGUCUGAUGUGAUUCCGUGCCAGGUUGUCGAGGCUGUGAGUGACACGUUGCAAUACGUGUAUGGGGCCAACCGGCGCAGCGGCGUCACGAUGAGGCGGGUGACCAACUUGUUUCAUAAUCACGACCGGACCCGGGCUGUUCAAACGUAUGCAAAAGUGGCCGACGACGAGUGUUUUCCGCUCCAACAUGGCGAGAUCCGCACGCAUGGCUUUGGAUGGUUCGACCUGGAUCGUUCAUGCAACAGUGGCCAUUGGAUUGUACGGUCACACACAGAUUGUUCUGGUAGGACCGUGGCAGAGCGAGUGGCAGGCAGCAUCACGAAGGUGCGCGGGUCGGUCUUGCAUUACGCGCCCAUCACGAACGAAGGCGUGGUGUCGCUAGAAUGCAUGGGGAGCUUGUUUGGCAUCAACCACCACCAGUUUAGUCGAAGAGAAGACUUGAUUGCACAAGUACGAACCCAAGCGCAGGCAAUGUAUGAGGAUGCGUACCAAGGUUGGAUUCGAGCUCUGCGACAGCAUUUAGACCAUCAAGUGGGUUGA